AUGAGCCACAGUAAACAUUUUCUGGACCAUGUCCCCGACGCUCUUGGUUCCGGCGACCGCAAUUUUGUCACCAAUACCGCCUUAUCUGCGCCAUGGACCUUUCUUCAUCCAACAAACAAGCUUCACACUCAAUCGGUGGCCCUUUCCAAGUACAUGAUCGAUGUGCUCGCUUCUUCGGUUUGCGCCUCACAAGGUGCGCGCCUUCAAAACAAUAGGAAGCGCAAGAGACCGGGAUCUUCUCAAGAAUCCGACAAUCACGUUUUGCAGCUCAAACAAUUAUAUGUGGACGGAUUUUCUUCCGAACAGAUAUGGGAGCAAGCCCUGAGAAUUCUCCAUUCCUCCAGUCAAGAAAUUGAGCAUGACUAUACGCGAAAUGUGUCUUUGCACCAUGCCCAAAUUGCUGCAACCCGUCCCGACAACGUGGAACUUGAAUCUGACGAACGGUCAAUUGGUGGCCUGAAUACCCCUCUCGGAGAUGAUACAGAUCAAUCAAGUGAUGGUUCCGAAGAAGCCGGCACAGAAUCCGCAGUGGAAUCUGAUGCCUCUUCGCACUCGGGUUCAGAACCGAGAGGUUUUGACGACAGAUCAGACGAUGGUAAUUCUGAAGAUGCGGGUGAUAUAAGUCACGACAAUCUUGGUCAGGAUACAUAUAUGCAAGAUCCCUUCAAUCUUAACGAUGGCUUUUUUUCGAUCGACGAUUUCAACAAACAAUCGGAGGUAUUUGAGAAACAAGAUGCCAGGGGUGGGCCAGAUGAUGAUGCCGAGAGUGAUGAGGAGGUUAUUAACUGGCAUUCUAAUCCGCUGGCAUCUACAAGCUCAGUCGCAAACUCCAAGCAUCAUCCCCGUGAUCUCGGCUCCGAUGAAGAGAGCGACGAAGAAGGGCCCACAUUUGAUAACAUGGGGGUUGAUCAUGGGCUGAGCUCAGAGGACGGCAGCGAUGCUGGUGACUCACAUGAUAACGGCUGGAUCAACACAAGCGACAUCAAGUAUUCCGAUUUCUUCGCGCCGCCUCCCCGUAAGGCCACCGGCAAGGUAUCCCGCCCCUUACCAAAAACGCAACCUCGCGAAACAAUUGUCGACAGCGAUAUAGAUCGUGCGAUGGCCGAUGCUCGCCGCGAUCUAUUCGACGACGAAAGUUCGGCCGACGAAAUGGAUGCCUCUGAUAACGUUUCAAGCGACCCCCAAGGCCAGCGUUCGACUCAUGAGAAACGGCGCGCACAAAUUGCCGAUGAGAUUCGACGCCUGGAAGCCGCCAAUGUUGCCAAGAAAGAAUGGAUGCUUGGGGGCGAGGCUAGAGCAGUUGAAAGGCCCGUGAACUCUCUCAUCGAGGAGGAUAUGGAAUUUGAACGAGUUGGGAAGCCGGUGCCGAUAGUCACUGCGGAAGUCUCGGAAGAUAUUGAGGAGCUCGUCAAGCGUCGAAUUCUGGCACGAGAAUUUGACGAGAUCAUUCGUCGACACCCUGGCGUUUCAGAUGCACGAGAUGCACGGAGAGGGCGAUUUGAAUUGGAUGAUGCUAAACCCCAGCAGGGUCUUGCCGAGCUUUAUGAAACAGACCAUCUUCGUGCCACGGAUCCGAAUUACGUUGAUCCAAAAGAUCAGAAACUGGUGCGAGAGCAUACAGAGAUCACUAAUUUGUGGAAGGAAAUCGGCUCCCAACUGGACACCCUCUCAAAUUGGCACUAUAAACCCAAAGCUCCACAGCCAAGUAUAAAUGUGGUUACUGAUGUGGCAACAAUCACCAUGGAGGAUGCGCGACCAACAGCAUCCAGCACUGUCAAUGAUACGGUUACUCUGGCACCACAAGAAAUCUAUACCCCCGGGGAUAAUGGCAAUGUUGCUGGCGAAAGGGUUCUGAAGAACGGAGUUUCGGUAUCCAAGGAAGAGAUGACGCGGGAAGAAAAGGCCAGGCUUCGGCGCCAGAACAAGAAGCAAAAGAAGUCCGGAAAUGACCCCUCAAGGCAAACAACUGGGAAAGCGGCCGAAAGACAACAAGUCGUGUCUGAUUUAAGAAAGGGCGGCGUUAAAGUUAUCGGGAAGCAGGGUGAGGUCACUGACAUUCAGGGCAACAGGGUUUCAGAGACGAGCGCUGGAGGCCGUGGAAAGGGUGCAGACAUGUUGAAGCUUUAG